AUGCCGGCCACCAAUCGAGGACUACGGACACCCGCAGGUGCCACCUCCAUGACCGACCACUACUACUUGAACACCCAACAGCCCGCCUGGGCGAUGUUGCAAACAGGGCUGACGGUCUUUGCCCUCUUCAUCAUCGCCCGCUACUGUCUGCGGCGUGCCUACUUAUGGUGGCGUGGCCCAGGUGCCCUGCCCAGUCAUACUGGAUCUGCCACCGUCGGCCCUCAAGCACAAGGAUCCUCCCCUCGCUGGACCAUGGAUGAAAAGCCGCGGCAAGUCGCGACCUCGAGCACGACCACUACGACCAUGGAUCCCACGGCCACGAGCUAUGCCGAGGGAGAGCUUCCGACGCCCAAGGCAAAGCUCAAGGUCGAUCCGGAUUGGAGGAGUGGCGCAGGCGCCCUGUCGAGGCAGUUCGUCUCCCGACUCCCUCCUGCGCCGCCGCUUACGCCCCCAGAGCUCAGCACUGCCGUCUUCACCAUCCGAGACGCGCCGCACCGCACCGACAGCUUCAUCCACCAGCCAAACCCCGACUACAUGAGCUCGACGGCUUUCGUGUCGCCGACGGGACCAGCAUCUCCCACUACCCCGCGGAGGCGCUCCUACAACAGGACCGUCCCCAUUGGAGUCCCGAUGCCUCAGGCUUCGUCACUCGUCUCCGAGGCUGACUCGGUGGAUUUGGCCUUUUCGCCAAGCUCGUAUCCGCCAACGAGUCCGUUGCUUCCGCCGCCCCCUCCAGGCUUUUCCCAACUCGACGACGACUCUGCCCAAGGCCCGCGCGAGGUGGGCGUCAAGGGCGAGAUCAUCUCGGUCCUCGAUGACGAAGGCGCCGGCUGGACGAGGCACACGCGCGUGUACGGCGGUGGCGUGUGCUUGGCCUGUGCGGCGUCUGGCGGCGAGCACGGCGGAUUCUACGGCGCGACCGUGACUCCUGAGGAGAUGCGAUGA